AUGAACAAACUCGUGACACAAUGGAAUGGAAUUUACACAAACUUUGAAAAACAAUGGGCUAGCGGAGAAAGUGAAACGAGUUUGUUGAAAAACACACACGCUACAUUCCAAGAUGAUAUGCUAAAGCCUUUUAAGUUUAUUCAUGUGUGCGAAGUUGUCAAAAGAAGCAUUAGAUGGACGGAAUUUGCAACACAUAAAAAAGUUGCUAAUCCGCCAAAAAGAAGCCGAACAUCUUCAUAUUCGAGCUCAAAAAAAGUCUCAUCAGAUUGUCACGUAAGCGUUAAUCUUAAUGAUAAUAAUGACGACAUCGAAGAAAUAUGUCCGCCUCCUCCUCCAAUGGGAAGAGACAAAACAAAAGUUCGAGCAAAAGGACAAGGGAAAACGACAUCUUUAAAUUCGUCAGUCGGAACCGAACGGUCAGCUAGAUCGGAAGAAAUGAUGACACAAAUGACACAAUUGAAUUCAACUUUAGAGAGACAUAUGACUGAAACGGUCUGA